AUGGCGCAUGCGUACAAAAAAAACGAACACGAGAAAGUAUUGUACGAGAGGGGAUUUAUGUGUUUAUGUUGUGUUUUAUGUAAUAAAUUUGUACAAAACCAGUGCAUGAAGUGAGUCUUUUGAAUCUAAGAAUAACUCAAUAUAAAGGAAACAAUUCUACAUAUCGAACAUGGUCCUUCGAAGCCGGAUGAGAGCAGAUUUAUAAUGCGAAUAUAAAACACUGUUGGAAUUUGAAAUCUAAAACACGACGAAAACCCUCGACUGGUAAGUUGAUUUAUCAGUAUUCUUUUGAAAUUGAAACUCAUAUUAAAACUCUCAUUACGAUGACUGAAGCCCAAGAGUUGGGUGGAAUGAAAAGAGUCCAAAAUGGCCACAGAACAUCAACAAAACGAACAAUUUCUGCAGCGAAUGAUCUCUUGACAAGUGUGAUGAUAAAUCUAAACUAGCACCUCAUGUUGUGAAGCUUACACUUUAUAAGAAAACACUCGAAGAUAAACUAGUUGUAUUUCAACAACAAGACAAUGCUAUUCUGGAACUAGGUGGUGAUGAUGUAGAACUUGAAAUUGAACAAGCAGAUAUUCUAAGGGAAAAUAUGCAAUCCACAAUUCUUGAAAUUGAAAAUACUUCAACUGAAAUUACACAGUCGAAUGAAUCUGCUAACAUUGUUAUUGAAAAUAGCCCUACCCCACCGACACCACAAAACAGCUCUACCCCACCGACACCACAAAACAACCAGACUGAAACAGUAUUGGCCAUGGCGGGUUUCGAGGAAAUGCAAAGCCCUGGCUCCCCAAGUCAGAGUGGAAUUACAACUCAGUCAAGCCAUCAAAUGAACCAAUAAUCCUCUGUUAAACUGCCAAAGUUAAACCUGAAGAAAUUUCGGGGUGAUAUAACAACCUGGUCUACAUUCUGGGACACCUUUGAAUCUGUGAUUGAUAAGAAUCCCUCCUUGUCAGAUAUUGACAAAUUUAAUUAUCUCAAUUCCAAUUCACUCCUUGAGAAUACAGCGGCUGAUGCAAUAUCGGGACUAACGUUAACAUCUGGGAACUAUAAUGAAGCAAUUAUCAUACUUAAGAAAAGAUUUGGGAAUAAGCAAUUGGCAAUAAACAAGCAUAUGGAUAUCCUUCUCAAUCUGGAUCCAGUUACAUCAGUUCAAAACUUGAAGGAGCUUAGAUCAUUGUAUGACACAGUCGAGUCGCACAUUAGGGCCCUCAAGUCCCUUGAUAUACCAUCACAAUUAUACGGUAAUCUUUUAUGUUCCAUGCUUAUGAACAAGCUCCCACAAGACUUGCGUAUACUGAUCAAUCGUGACAUAAAGAAUGAUAACUGGGAUCUUGACCGAUUACUGGAAUUGCUUGAGGCCGAAGUAGAAGCAAGAGAAAGAGCAACCAGCAACAGUAGCGCAGGCAGUAGUAACUUGCAUCGUAACCCGCACCCAAGUUACAAGGAAGAUAACUACCGUCUGGCGCAGUCUUACAGACGGGGGGCCCCACAAUCAGUUGUACUUAUUGCCAAGGUCCACACACCUCUAAUAGUUGUCAAACUGUCUCAAAUGUCACAUCCCGAAAGGACAUUUUACGAAAAGGCG